UUGACAUUUUGCUCACCCUUCGCCGUUGGCUCAGAAAAGAACCCAUUUCAAACACCUUAUUGCCUCGAUUCCCCUCGAUUUUCUUUCAGUAACACUCUUCUUCACUCAAAGAAAAUCUUCUGCGACAGAUAUAAAUACUAGAGCUCACUACGUCUUCAUCAAUAUCCUCUCACUCCGCCCUCACUUACACCAUCGCCAUGACAACCACAUCCACCACCACCACCAAGAAGACACCCGCCGCGCGCGACAUCAUCUCAAUCUCCAUCCCCGAAGGCGAAGGCAUGAAGGUACAACUAGACCGCAUCACCAGCUCAAAUCGCACAGCGUACGAGAAACGAGUAUGGACCGCGCUGUGCCAGGUACCAAAGGGCCAGAUCACGACAUACGGCAUCCUAGCGGCUCAUCUCAAGUCAUCUCCGAGGGCCGUCGGCAAUGCGCUACGCCGGAAUCCGUUCGCGCCGCAGGUGCCGUGUCACCGGGUCGUUGCUACGGGCGGUGCGUUGGGUGGGUUCAAGGGCAAGUGGCCGAAGAAUGGGGAGGGCAUUACGCUUGAUGAGAAGAGGAUGCUUUUGAGGAAAGAAGGCGUGAAGAUUGAUUCGAGUGGGCGCGUUCUUGGGUCGCCAUUUGUGGCCUUUAUUUGAAAUCGUCAAUGAACUCAAUACGAAGUUUAAGCGUUUAAGUUUCUAAGUCGAUAUUAGAAAUCUUCACAUCCCACGGCCGCCCGUGAUGAGUUGCUUCUCGUAGAAAGACUAUGG